UAUUUAAUUUUAAGUAUUUAAUAAAAAUAUCACUCAAUUAUGUCUUAUAAAUAACACGUUAUUUCAAUGAGUCUCGAUACAUUUUAAAUAAAUGAGUGAAAGCGAUGAACUUCUUUUUAUCUUUUGUCUGUAACCAAGAUUUUCUUUAUAUAUUUUUUUCUUUAGGGAAUAAAAGUCAUGAUGAGUAUUUUUGAUAAAACAUAUCUUUAUGUACAUUUCUUUUUCACUUACCAAUAUGGUUUAGAUAUGUAUUAUUUUGAGGACAUAGAUAUUGAAAUUGUAUACAGAGAUAUUACAAAUACAAUAGAGGUUAGAUCUAACGCAGUAGAGGAAUCAUUAAAAAGAAGGACAAAUGAUGUUAAAUUUGCCGUUGGAAUGAUCGUAACGCAUAUAGACAAAUAUUCUUUUAUUCUUGAUAAUCAUGACGGUGUAAUCAUUGGGUGGCAUCGUGGAUAUGACAUAGAAAUUCAAAACAAAUUUAAGGAGACUAUUAUGUUUCCAUAUCUACAUCAAUGGGAUGAUUUUUGUCACAUUUGCCUACGUCAACAAUUUUCAGCCAGUGGCCAUCAACUGUACUACAUUAUUCUCGCCGAGAAUGAUAUAGUAUGUUAUGUGCAACAAGAUCAACUAUCCAUAUGCCCACCCAAAAGAAUCAAUAACAUAGAAAUUGGAAGAUAUUUCUCCAGCUUCAAAGGCACUUAUUACGUACCAAAUGAAAGCUUAAGAAAACAUUAUCCAGAAGAUACCGCUGCAAUAGCCAAAAUACUUGCCAAACAAUAGUUUUUAUUAUCUUAAAAUGUACAAUUUGUUAUAUAUA